ACCCAUAGCCAUGCUACCGUACGUAAGAUAAGAUAAUCACCUACAUACCCCAAGAAAUUUAGUCACGAAUGAUUGUUUUCUACGAUACGACAAAUCGCCUUCUCGCGGAACGUGUCGCGGAACGAGUUUUGAGAAUCCAAAUUCCAUUCCARUAUGGUAGGUACGAGUUACUSGUACCCCUCGAUGAUCAACAACAGCAACCAUGUCGAUCGACCGAACGGACAAAUAAAAUAAAACAGAACAAUACCAACUCACAGAAUUCCAAUCUGCACGCCAAACCAAAGACACAACGCACGAGAUACCCGAGACCAGAAUGGGCAGCUGGGAGGAUAUCAUCUUUGAGUACGUAUGUCCCGUGGGAGGCUGCCUACUGGCGUCCUCGGUCUUUGCGGCCCCCAUCCGGGAUCUGAACGGGGCCCUCCGCAGGGGUUCGCUCGGGAGCCUGAACACAGUUCCCUGGGCUGUCAUGACUGGAAACUGCCUCGGGUGGUGUGCCUAUGCCUACUACACGGCGGAUCCGUUCGUUCUGGCUUCGAACCUCCCGGGAUUGAUCCUUUCGCUCUGGCUCAACAUUGGUGCCUGCAAGCUCCAGUACCUAGCACAGAUCGAUUUCCACGGUCGUUCGAGCAKCGGACGKAACGACACCAGGGACGAAACCCUGCUCUCCCAAAAGGAAGGAAUAUUUGAUUUCCCGACGUCGUCUCAACAAGACGUUUUAUUGUUGCGAAUCAUUAGCCUCUGGGCGGUGGUUCUGGUGUGUGUCGGGUGGCUGGACGGCCUGUUCCGUCAUCCCCURCUGCUCUACGACCCGCACACCGUGGUUGGCCUCCUGGUCAACAUCAACCUCGUCUUUUUCUACGGGGCGCCGCUGCAGACCAUGAAGACCGUCCUGGAAUCGAGGUCCUCCGACACGAUCCACACGCCAACCGUCACCAUGAACGUGAUCAAUGCUCUGUUUUGGAUGUCCUACGGCUUUGCCCGGAACGACGCGAUCAUAUACGGACCCAAUGGCGUGGGGCUGCUGUUGGGCAUUGCCCAGUGCGUUUUGUGCUGUGCGUACCCAAAACGGGGAUCGCUAAUGCCGGGAGACCAAGAAGUCGUGGAGUUUGAAAUAGUACCUCCCUGCMCAGAGGACCACGAUCUUUCGUUGCGGGAACAUGAUGGGAGAAGAAUAAUAUGAUGCGGGGCCAUAGCAAGUUGGUCGAUCGAAUUAAUUUUUWGAGAAUUG